AUGUUGUGGAUAACUGAGGUUUCAGUCGCUCUGAUUGUGUUUCUCCUGAUUGUGCAAUUUCUGAAGUUGCAAUGGACACGUAGACGGCUUCCUCCUGGACCGACUCCCCUGCCCAUUAUUGGCAACUUAUGGCUGCUGGGCUUUAAACUUCAGCGAGAAGAUCUUUUUAAGUUAACCAACAUCUAUGGCAACAUUUACACAGUGUGGAUGGGACAGACACCUGUGGUUGUAUUGAAUGGAUACAAAGCAGUAAAAGAAGGCCUUCUCUCCCAUUCAGAAGAGAUUUCUGGACGGCCUCUCACCCCCUUCUAUAGGGAUCUGAUGGGAGAAAAAGGUAUUUUCCUGACAAGCGGUCACACCUGGAAGCAGCAGAGACGCAUUGGUAUGACAUUUCUAAAGAGCCUGGGACUGGGUAAGAAAAGCCUGGAGCACCGAAUACAGGAGGAGACCAGACACCUGGUGGAGGUCUUUGCAAGUCAGAAAG